CCCCUCCCGCUGCUCUCAGAGAGGAGACCUGAAACCCUUCAUUUGUUAUGACGAACAUUUUGGUCUAGACGGCUGUAUUACUGCUUUUUCGUCAGUAUGUAACCCAGAGCUGCCUAUUCCACUGUAAGAUUAUGUUCAACGUCCUCCCCCCCCUGUGUGCUGCUUUGCUGAGAGCCAGGUCAGAGAAGAACAUGGAUGUCUGACCGGUUUAAAAAGAGACAGGAGAGAGAAAGCGAGAAAGACACAUCCUGUCACUCGUUGCAGCGCAGGAACAGCAGCCCGGUGAAGGAAAGCUACGAGGUGUGUGGUGAUGUCUGAGGCAGAGGCACAGGAAGCUCCUGCUACUGAGGAGAAACCAGAGCUCACGGCGGGGAACACGUCCAGUAAUACCCCACAGGUACAAGGUGGAGCAGCUGCGUCUCCAGCUGGGGCCUCUGCACAGCUUCCUGCCACCUCAGCAACAGAGGAUGAGGAUGAGAGUGAGGAUGAAUCAGAUAUCCUGGAAGAGAGUCCAUGUGGCCGCUGGCAGAAACGUAGAGAAGAGGUGAAUCAGCGUAAUGUUCCAGGCAUAGAUGCUGCAUACUUGGCAAUGGACACAGAGGAAGGGGUGGAGGUAGUUUGGAAUGAAGUCAUGAUUUCAGAGAGAAAGAACUUCAAACCGCUGGAGGAAAAAGUGAAGGCUGUAUUUGAUAACCUGAUCCAUUUGGAACAUGCCAAUAUUGUCAAAUUUCACAAGUACUGGGCUGACACAAAGGACAACCGGGCCAGGGUAAUUUUCAUUACUGAAUAUAUGUCAUCAGGAAGUUUGAAGCAGUUUCUAAAGAAGACAAAAAAGAACCACAAGACCAUGAAUGAAAAGGCUUGGAAGAGGUGGUGCACACAGAUCCUGUCUGCUCUCAGUUAUCUCCACUCAUGUGACCCACCCAUCAUCCAUGGCAACCUGACCUGCGACACUGUCUUCAUUCAGCACAACGGGCUCAUCAAGAUCGGAUCAGUCGCUCCAGACACCAUUAACAGCCAUGUGAAGACGUGUCACGAAGAGCAGAAGAACUUGCACUUUUUUGCCCCAGAAUAUGGAGCUGACGAUGAUGUUACGACGGCUGCAGACAUCUACUCGUUUGGCAUGUGUGCCCUGGAGAUGGCACUUUUGGAGAUUCAGGGGAACGGAGAAUCCUCUUAUGUUUCUCAGGAAGCCAUCAACAAUGCUAUUCAGUUACUGGAGGACCCACUGCAGAGGGAGUUAAUCCAAAAAUGCCUGGAGUGUGAUCCCAGCACAAGGCCUACAGCCAAGGAGCUUCUUUUUAACCAGGCGCUGUUUGAAGUCCCGCUCUUAAAACUACUGGCUGCACACUGCAUUGUUAGCCACCAACAUAUGAUUCCAGAGAAUGCUCUGGAGGAGAUUACAAAGAACCUGGACCCCAACCUCGUCAUUGCUGUGACCAAAGAGGAUGUUCAGCUCAAGCUUUCACAGUUUCCUGCUUUGGAGCUUGAUAAAUUCCUGGAGGAUGUGAGGAAUGGUAUUUAUCCAAUGACAGCGUUUGGGGUGCCCUGUCCACAGCACGCUCAGCAGGAGACUGUUAAAUCUCCCAUUGUCAUCCCUUUGGUUAAAUCCCCCACGCCUGAGCCUGCAGAGCUUGAGACACGGAGGGUCCUUUAUAUGCAGUGUAACUUUGAACCCGUGGAGGAGGGAGCAAAGUAUCAUCUAACAUUACUGCUGAAACUGGAGGAUAAGCUGAAUAGACAUCUAAGCUGUGACAUGUUACCCUAUGAGAAUUUUCAAGAGAUGGCUGGAGAGUUGGUGCAGCUGGGCUUAAUCAGUGAGAUGGACCAAAACAAAGUCGCCUCUCUACUAGAAGAAGCAUUCAGCCAAGCUGUUCACUAGCAAUGGUUUCCUUGACCAUGGUACUGUCUCCUCAGAACUACACUCUCUACCUUGUUACAUGUUCUUUUUGGAUACUCAACACAAUGAGUGAAUUCAGUGUUUUUUUUCCCUCAUGUCUUUUCUACAAAGCCUUAGGCGGUAAUGUGACCAAAGGGGUGGGGUUUCUGAUACAGAAGUAAAACCUCCUCAAAGCACACAAAACCUUUAAGAAAUAGCCAGACAACUCCAGAGAAACCACCUGGAGUGAUUUCAUGUUUUUUUUUUUAAAAAUCAUAUAAACAUACAUGCAUAUGUUUGGAAUUCUAUUAAUUGAGUUUGCUAUUAAAAUGGUUAUGUUAAAUUUUAUUAUCUCACUUUGUCCUCAAGCACACAGCUGUAUUUUAUUAUGAGGUGUUUACAUUGAGGUUUAUCUAAAAUAUUAUAAGAGACUGAUUCUGGCCUUCCUUGGAGUCACAACUAACUUGCUGCUGUUGUACUGCUGAAUUUCAAUUGUACAAUCUCCACCUGUUGACAAUCAGCAAAACUGUAAAGAAGGAGGGAUAGAUUUACAUCCAAGUAAAAACUUAGAAAAUAGGUCAGGCCAUUCUGUUCUGGAUCCUAAUUUCAUGUGGUUCUCUGUUUCAAUGGCUCCAUUUUUGUUAGGCUUUAUGUGACAGAACAUUCCCAGCUCCUCCACUUUUGUGGUUUGUUUGAUGAGCCAGUCACCUCUUAGAUUAAAUAUGUGGAAUAGUUUGAAAACUGGAUUUCAGACAUGCAACUUUGUCUGUUUACUUGAUUAUAGAUACAUUUUUUGAAAUUUUAAAAGCCUUUGAUACAGAACAACAUGUAUGUGCAUUAAUGCAUUUCACAUUUUGAGAAGGCAUCUUGCCAAUUUUCCCUGGAGGAUGAUCACUUGGUUACUUAAGGAGUACUGUGAACUCAGUUUUACUGAAUUUGUGUUUGUUUUUAUAUUUUGCUUUGCUAGUGGCACACAUACCUUAAAGUUCUCCUUUCAUAUUAUUUUUGUUUUAUGAAAUUUUGCUGCUUGUUGGGUUCACACAUGCUACUCUGCCUUUAAAAUACAUUCAAAUGAGACUUGUGUACUGAACUCGGCUGCCAUAUCUUGCAGAGAGAGGACCUAGCCUUUUCUUGACAGAUCAGCAUGUGUUUUGAAUAAAACAGAAACAGAUCAUGUGUUUUUCUUGACUUAUUUCCCUUUGGUUUACUGUGUUUACACAGAGACCACAUUCUUAAAGAGUCUGAGCCACUGCACACCUGUCUCUGUCCCUGUUUCUGUUGCUUUUGUUUUCAUUAGCUAACAGACAAGUUUGUAAAACUGAGUUAACUGACAUGAUCCUAAGCAUGCAGACACUUGAAUUCAUAUAUAUGUUACAGACCUUAUUUAGACAUGUGUUGAGUUUAAGAGUUACCUGUGGCAUUUCUCUGAUGUUUUGGCUCAGAACUCUUUGUGGACUACUGCUACUACUCCGUCUGAAAGCUCAUACAGUUAAGAACCUUAAACUGACAGCAUGAGUGCAAAGAAAAUACAACAUAUCCAGUAUGUGUAGAAAAUCACAGCAACUGUUUGGAUACUGUUGCACACCAACUUACCUUGUUCUGGUGUUUUAUUACAACUAUACUUCCACUGUCUUAUAAUUUCUCUACCAGCUAAUUGAACACUGUUUUUGAGCUUUCAGACUGAAUGUUAAUCCGAUGUUUGUUGUUGGGUUGCACACCUCAUCAGUAAGAUCAUAACAAUCCAAACUGUUAUAUUUCUUAAGUAUUUUUUAAAUGUUUUCAGGCUAACAUUGUGUUACAAUGUUUUUCAUUUGCUGUACAAAUGGGUAGUCUAUCUCAUUACAUUGAUUGCUUUAUUUUACUCCGUCUUUGUGUCUAUUUGUGAACUGCUACGAUUGUAUUUUCCAAGCAUGUGUUCUAAAGUCAGCCAGGAGAAUGUAAAUGCACCACUUCUAGUACAGAGAAGGAGGUAAAACAAAACCAAUGUGAUCACAGGAGCUUUAAACCAACUCUCUCCCUUACGCCCCUUCAUCUCCUCUGUCUUUCUCUUUGUUCUGUCUUUUCCACACUAUUUAUUGGUGGUGAUGAAACUGGUUAUUAAAUAAUCGUACAGGGUGGGCAGCUUUAGCCUGUUUCUCCAUUAUGUGAGCUUUUUGGUUACAUUUGGAAAUGCUUAUAUUUUGUAUAUGACAUGAAUGUCAAUAAAUGUGUGUCUUUUUCUGAGACGUAUCCUGACAAGCUUAAAAGAAGAAUGUUCUUACGAAUAAAUGUGUGAACUGCUUCA